CUCACACGUGGAUGUGCGUGUGUGCGCGUGUUAGCUGUUUAUCGGCACCCUCUUCAUGCCAGAGUGCAUCAAGAGGACAGAGGGUCCGCACUGAGCGUCCGCACAGACCACACACGCAAAGACUGUAACUUCAGUAUUUAAGUGGACAAAAUGGCUGAAGCUGCAUGGUGGUUUCCUAAUGUCUCUGGUGGAGUUCUGCAGUAGGAUGCUUGUCUGCCCUCCUCAGAUGAUUCCCGCCCUCUGCUUAGUUGUCCUGUCCAGUCUGACAGCCUCAUCCCAGUCAGGUUUGGAGGAGGUGUUCUUCAGUCCGUGGGAUCAGAUGGUCAAAGAAGGAGAGGAGGCCUCCUUCCGCUGCGUGUCUGGUGAAAGCUCAUCUCCUGCCAGCAUCCUUUGGAUCAAAGAUGGCAGCCUGGUCACCACUGGGAGACAAAGCCAGGGAGAAUACGGAGGUGGCCACCAGAAGAAGACGUCGGGAACACUUCAUCUCGUCAAUGUGAGCCUGGAGGACGCUGGCACGUACGUGUGCCAGACCGUCAACCCUUCGCUAAACAUCAGCAGGAAGAGCAGACCGGCCAAGCUCACUGUGCUCGGGGUCCCCCACCGACUGCGUGUGACACGGGGCCCAGACAACGUGACGGUUGCCGUGGGAACCGAGGCCUCCCUGCACUGCCAGGUGGCAGGCUUCCCGGUGCCCGCGGUGCGCUGGUUCAAAGACGACGCCCCCCUGGAGGUCACAACCUCACUUGGCAUGCGGGACAACGGACAGCUGCUCACAUUCAGGAAUGUGAGUAGAGAGGAUGAAGGCUCGUAUCACUGCGAAGCAUCAAACCUUCGAGAGAAAAUGAAGUCGCAGGCAGCUUUCCUCCUUCCUGCUGAGAUGGGGUGGAGCUUCACCCGGCAUCCGUCCAACGUGACGGCGUGGAGAGGCGACAACGUGAGCGUGUCGUGCGGGCCGCCCUUCAGCAGACCUCCCGCCGAGGUUUCCUGGUUCAAGGACAACCGUCUUGUGACGCCCUCGGCCCGUGUGGGUGUGCUCCCUGGCGGAGACCUCCUCAUCCUCAGCGUGGUGGAGGCAGACGCGGGCAGUUACCUGUGCAGGGCGGCCAACGUCCACCUGCAAAGAUUUGUCACGUCCACGAGAGCAACGCUCACUGUGCACGGCUCAUCGUCACGGUGUGAAACCACAACAAAGCCAUCGAUAAGGCUGCCGUCUCUGUCUCCAGAACGCCGGUCCACAAGCGAUCCUCCCAGCCUGCUUUUAGUAACUCAGAUUCAGCCUCCCAUGUUGCCGCCAUCCCCUUACCCCAACUUCCUCCUGGAGCUUGCUCAGCCUCCUGAACCCCAAAUGGACACUCACCCCUCCAGAGAAGCAUCCGCAGACCCGUCUCACACCCAUGCAACAGAAUCAGUCCAGCACGAGAGCUCUCUUCAAAAGCCUCCUCCUGUCCGGACCUGUCAUCCUACUCAGGAACCUUACGGAGUCCGAGGGCUCAAUGUGUCUGGUGGCCAGCAGGAUCAACCGGUGGAGUCAUCUAAGGCCGAAGACGAAGAGCAGAGGAACACUUCGCAGUCGCCCAUGACCAGCAAUGACCCUCGCUCCAGGGUGACUCCGCAGUCCCCAUCAUGGCUGCCCGUCCUGGAGAAACACGACGUGCCCAUUUUGGUGGGCGUGGGUGUGUCUCUGGCCUUCAUCUUCAUCACAGUGGCCUUCUACUCCGUGGUGAAGAAGAACGAGCCGGCGCCCGCCGGACGUGCAGCCCAGAGGAACCUGGGCGUCCCGAUGCGUCUUGCGGAGCGUCACCCAGCAGGACGACCGUACGAAAACCGGGCCUUCGAAGACGACGAGUGUACGGCCGUGAUGCAACACGACGCCAACGGGUCAGACAUCAGAGCUAGACCUCCGGGGCUGAGUCUGGUCAUGGUGCAGAUGGAGCCCACGUGUGAGGACCCCCGCUCGGUCACCGUGGAAAUGUACCCCGAGCCCGUCGUGGACACCAAGAUCGACAACAGUGAUCAGGAGGAGGAGGAGAAGAGCUGUGGUCCUUCCAGUUCUCCCAGUUUUCAGUUGUCACAGGAGGAGUGGCCGGGCAUGGCGACAGAUAACCAGAGCCUAUGCCAGAACACCCUGCCUCCCCUGUCCUCCUCACCUUCACCUUUGCCUUCCCUGCCCGACACUGGCUUGCGGUCAUCGCUCACCCUGCGUGGGGCCGAGGCUCUGGCGGCCCCCGUCCACCAUAGCCUCAGCUUGUCGCACGGAGGCGCCCCUCUGAUGAUCUCGCACCACGUCUCUGUGGGACACGCCACCGUGGCGGUGGACUUUCAUUUUUACCCGGCAGGCACCGCUGCGGCCGAAGGCACGAGUGGUGCCACUUCCACAAUGGAUAACAAGCAGAAGAACGACAAGGCCAGACUCCAUCAGAGCAAAUGAAUACAUAAUAAACCAGGACACUUAAAGCAGGGGUUGUUAAACCGUUCGGGUCCAGGGACGUCUUAGAAGGGAGGAAUUUUUCCAAGGACACCUCAUAAUCCUAAUGGCAAUUAAACAUACACUUCUCACAACACGUUGGGUAUAUUGCAUUGCAUUUGAUCCAUGAAAAUUUCCAAGGACGUCCACUUCUGUGCCUUUCUGUGACUCUUACAGUGCCCCUCUGUCCAAUUGUUCAAUAUUUCAAUACUUUUUUUUUUUUUACAAAGAGCUGAACUGCAAAAUUCACAGUAAAAGGUAUUUAAUCCAUGGAAAAUAUCUAAGGAUGUCUGAUUGUUUCUGUCUUUCUGUGACUCUUCCAGUCUCUCUGUUGCAAAUUACUGAUGACAUUCACCAACACUCUAAGCUCAGUAGCUCCUGAAUCAACUCAUUCAAAUGUUGGGUUUUGUCUUUGUCUUGUGAUUUCUAAAUGUGAAUAGCAAGAUGAAGAGGACUGUUUAGAGAGCAAUUAUAAUUGAACCAAGACAUUAGUUGGUCAAUCAUGGAUCAACCAAAUAUAACACUGAGCUUAGUGUGUCACCAGUGGUUGCAACCAAGAUGGAGAUACUGGGGGAGUCACAGAAAGGCACAGAAAUGGACUCAUCCAUCAUUUUCAUUCAUUUUGCCGUUCACCUCCUUGUUAGAUAUCAGCAAGUUGAACAAAGAGUACUGAAACAUUGAACAGUUGGAUGUUUGAAUUCGAAAGUUUAGAGAAGGUCAAAAUAAGUUCACCUAGGUUGAUUGCAGUGCAUUUUAGGUUCAUCCUCAAAUUUCACCCCAAAGCCAAAUGGGGAGUAGUGUAACUACUAUGUGUACCCGGAAAUACCAUAGGAAUGUCUAAAAUUUAUGUUUACACAUUCAUGUUUUUUGGGUGAAUUUUUUUUUAACGUACAUUCAAAUUCAUCCAUCCAUUUUCUUAACUGCUUAUCCUCACGAGGGUCGCAGGCUGCUGGAGCCUAUCCCAGCUAUCUUCGGGCAGAAGGUGGGGUACACCCUGAACCGGUCGGCAGCCAAUUGCAAGGCACAUAUAAACAAACCACCACUCGCACUCAAAAAUACACCUAUGGGCAAUUUUAGAGUCUUCAAUCAACCUACCACACAGUUUUUGGGGUGUGGGAGGAAACCGGAGUGCCCGGAGAAAACCCACCCAGGCACGGGGAGAACAUGCAAACUCCACACAGGCAGGGCCGGGAUUUCAACCCCGGUCCCCAGAACUGUGAGGCAGAUGUGCUAGCCAGCCGUCCACUGUGCCAGCCAAUCAAAUUCAUAAUUUUUCUAAUUAAAAAAGUAAUCUUCACAAGAAUACAAAUGUUUCUGGGAUAAAAUGUACUCUUACAGGAAUAAGCAGAUGUGUGCGCAUGUGUACCGCUUUCCUACUCCGCAAUAAGUUAAAGUUAUGGUAUCCACUGGUACCCUCUUUUUGUGUUAUGACAAAUAAGUGCAAUUUAUAGCAGAAGUAAAGCACAUAGAAUAUUUUAUUUAUUUUUGUUGUUGUUCUUAUAUGUAAAUUAAAGCCUUAACUUAGGUUUUAUAAGACCUUGGUUGCAUUUUCUGUAACAUCCCAUUUAUAUAAAGCUUCUUCAUUGGAACUGCUGUACAUUAUUUUACCUUGUAUGAUGUUAAUACUGUAUUGAGUUCUUUGAGUUAGUAGUUGAUAUAAAUGAAGACUGAAAUGUGCCGUGUUUCUUGAUUUGUUUAGCAAACCAGCCAAGGACUUAUUGAAUAUCGCAAAUGUUAUAUCAGUGGCAUCGCCACUUGUUUGAGUUCAAUGUCACAUACAAACCUGACUGUUAAUCUUUUUCAAAGACCAAAAGGGGCUACAACCAUGCUUGUGUAAAAUGUGAUG